AUGAAGACAUUUGAGAGUUUUAUUCCAUCGCCCUUGGUGGUGCAGAGCGGCUGGAACUUGGAUACUUUAAUAUACGCUUCUUUAUUCACCAUUUUUAAUCCCAUUACUGUGUGGAUUUUCUAUUUCACUGAAAAGGUAUCUGGGAGAUAUGCUACUGCUAUAGCUAUUUUCUGGGUAUGCAGAUAUCUCAACAGAUGCAUGCGUAAAAGUUACGCUACACCUUCAACGAAUAAGUUGGUGCUUAUAUCGGGAGGUGCAUCAGGUUUAGGUUCGGAGCUUGUGAAAAAGUGGAGUUCCCAAAAAGAUAUAGGAAAAAUCAUAGUUGUAGACGUGCAGAAACCUGAUAAGAAAACUGGUUGUGGUUGCGACAAAAUACAUUACAUACAGUAUGAUUUGAACGACACAAGUUUAAGAUUUUUGAAAACUCAAAAUGGAAUAGAACAUUGCGAUGACUUUGUGGAUUUAUCCAAAGUGGAUAUCUUGGUGUGCAAUGCCGGGAUACGGCAGAUGCAAACCUUACAGGAACUUCAAGCAGAAGAAAUUAGGAAGAUUUCACAUGUGAACUGGCUUUCACAUAUGCUUCUUAUCAAGCAGUACAUUGAAGCUAUCAGCAGUCGAGAAAAAAGUCGGAGAUUUCAGGUUGUAGUGGUUGGGUCAGUCCUUGGCUUUGUCGGUCCUAAACAGCUCGGAAUUUAUGCUGGGACCAAGAAUGCUCUUAUGUCUUUAAUGGAUUCUUUGCGAGAAGAAUUACCGAGCAACAUUGUGCUAAGUACGGUUCUCCCAGGUCAAUUAGACUCCUCAAUGUUUGCAGAUGUUAGCGUGAAUCAUUUUUUGGCUCCUAUCAUACACACGAAGAAGCUUGCGGAAAGGAUACAUACAAUUGUAGAAGAAGGGUGGAAUGGGACAUUCUCAUAUCCUACAUAUGGAAGACUACUACCUAUAUACAGGGUACUACCUUGGUGGGCUCAACGAUUUUGCAGGUGGUUUAGUGGUAUGGAUGACGUGUAA